AUGACAGAAUCGCUUUGUUCGUGCUGCAAACUCUUUGGAAAACCCUCACGGCGAAUCAAUUUCAUAAUUGCUACAGGCGCACCGCAUAAUUUAAUAUAUGAACGAGUCAAAUGUAUGUUUCGAAAUUAUUCAAACACGUCUUCGUGCACUGAUAACAUUGGUCUAAUGCAUUAUAAAACAUUGAAGGAUAUCAAUGAUAAACUCUUUAGUGAUGAAAAUCAUUCAUCAUCAAUCGAUCAAGCAGUAUCAACUCCGAUGGAAGCAUGUUGUAAUGGUUCUACUGUAAUGCCUAAUGAUAUCGAUGAUGUAUCGAAUUCUUUGCAACUGGACAUAUUUCAAAAAAAAAUGUUCGAACUGUUAGAUUCAAAAACUGAAGAAAAAUCUGUAGAACGUAAAUCAAAAAGUUGGAUUUUGUUGAGUGGAUCAAUAUUUUUAGAACCAUCUCUGCUUAACAUAUUUCUUCAAUUUACCGCACUCAAUUCACUAUCAUCGAGCUUCACAUUAACAGUACUUUGUUUUCUUGUCAAAGAAGCACGAUUAUUCGAAAACUGGCUGUCUCAUUAUCAAUCUAUUCAAGAUUAUCAAGAACAUACCUUUUCUGUAUACGAUACGCGUAUUCAAAAUUUCUUCUCAUUAUUAAAUUCUUCAAAAUAUCUUCAAGAUAAUACAUUACUUGUUGACGAAGAAACUGUUUUAAAUGAUAGUACUCUUCAGGCAUUGAUGCAAGAUCUUUUUCGUAGUGAAUCAUCAAAAUAUCGGGCCAGUAACAACCAACUUCGUGACAACAUGGCAAAACUAUUAUCACCUGUCCAACGAACAGUUCGUGACAUAUUUGUUACCAGAAACUGUUUAAAAAACUACUAUCAACGGAGCGUCACAAGUCGAUUAAAACCACUUCUUCACGAUCUUCAAGAAUCAACAGCAGCUAUUAAUGCUGCUUGCCAAAUUGUUAAUAUUGUUCUUGAUGAUUUCAAACGUAUGAAUGAUGAAGAGCUGCGAGCAUAUAGGAGACUAUGCAUAUGUGGUUUUCAAAACCAUGAUCUAGAAAAUGAAAACACGAUUGCCGCUCAAUUGGUUUAUUUAGCUCUUUAUUUACUUAAAAAGAAUAAUGACGAUGAAUCAAUACCUUUAAUCUAUUCGAUAGUUUUAGCUAUAUGUGAAUUAGGUGCUCACUUCUACUCAUGUCAUGACUUAUUUAAUCACACUCCUAAGAUAUACACAUUGAGUUUAUUGCUUAUAACUCAACGACGAUAUCCACUAACAUUGUCUGGCCUUCAACUUUGCAACACUAUUCUAAAUGCUGAUCAAAAUGAAUAUAAAUAUGUUACUAUUUAUUUAACUCAUGAUCCGUUCACAGCACGUAAGAUUUUGAAUGCGAUUAUAUGGCUUCUAUCACCUUAUCAAACUCUCAAAAAAACAUGGAAAGAAAUAGAAGAAGAACAAGAAAAUGAGUAUCAUGGUUCUGAGUAA